GCACAGCAUUCAAUUUGGAUCCAUUGCACAUCAACUGUAACCAUGAAGCUCGCUCUCGUGUUUUCGCUUUUUGCCACCGCUGCUGCUUUCUCGCAGGAGGCAUCCCGCCGUGAGGCCCUCACCAAGGGCGCAGCUGCUUUUGGAGCAGCUUUCUUGCCCGUUGCUGCGAAUGCCGCUGUUGGAGAGUCCCCCCGAUUCUCUGUCUUUGGUUUGAUCGGGGACGGAACUUCUUAUUCAGAAGGGGCCGCUUAUGGUACCGAUCAGGCAUCUAAACUUUACUCGCCCUACUCUGUCUACGGUGAAGUUGGAAACCCGGAUUCCCUGUACAAGGACACCAACCCCGAGUACCUUGCACGUAAGAAGGCCAUCCUUGCUGAGACUCGCAAGCGUCUGCAAAAACUCCCCGCUUACAUUGAGAAGAAGAAGUGGUUCGAGGUCACUACUGAACUCAGCCGCUUCAUGUACGAAACUCGUGGCGCCAUCGAUUUCCUCGGAAAAUCUCCCGAACAGAAAAAGAAGGCUGUUGCGUUCUUCAAGGCUAUCGAGAAAACUAAUCUUUCUGCUCGCCAAAAGGAUCAGGCUGCCGCUGCCUCUGCUGCCGCCGACACAAUCUCCACUCUUGAUGCCUUCACUUCGUCUCUCUAGGAUUUGCAUCUGACUCCUGGACUAGUAUUGACAUAAAUUGAAAGUCAGUUUGAAAGAGUUUAAUGGGUCUGGGCCGUCUUUGUAGAAAUAGGCUUCGAUGUGGAUGAAAUUAUUGAAAAUCUAGGCAUUCGUUGGAACGGU